GAUUGCCUGGAAGCGCUUCUGCUGGCACAGCAGCUGCAGCAGCUGCAACUGUCGAUGCGCAGUGGUCGUGUGAGUGACAGUCAGAUGGGAGGCGUUGCCAAUGGCGGUCAUCUGCUUGGUCUCAUUGCAUUCGCACCUUCUACCUGGGCAACAGCUACGACGUUCACAAUGGGCAAGCAACAGCCUCAGAUCACCCUCAUUCAGCAGCAGCAUCAGCAACAACAGCGACAGACAUGUCCUUGGUCAACAGCACCUUGAGAAACACAUCAUCAACCACCAUUAACAGCAACAGCAUCGCAAUCAACUCUUCGGCUUCAGCAGUUAAUAGCCAUCAUUCACCAGAAACAUAUUCCAUAUAGAGAGAGAUCACCACAAUAUACAAUUUAGUAAUGUAUAUUAUACAAUAUACAAGAGUCACAAGUGCAAAAUUUCUCCAACACUCUUCUUAAGAUUGUAAUUUCAAAAUUCGCUUGAAGCAGAGAGCUUCGAGUAUUGUGUAGAAUUUAUCUUUGAUCAACUUUAGCCCAACCCAUCAAAAGGAAACAGCCGCUGGAAACAAUGAAUUUGUAGUAAUUCCAUGUACGAUAUAUAUACUAUGUAAAUUAUAAACAAUUUAAUAUUAAUAAUUAAACAAAAAAGUUGAUUAGUUUGUAAAUACA